GAUACCUUGACAUACGACUGGAGGGCGACCAGAUGGAAUUCUGCACUGCCUUCUUAACAGAUUCCACACAUUUUAAAUUGUAUCGCUCACAUUUUUAGUUGACUUUCCUGCUAACAAACAACCCUGGCGUGAACACAGACGCCUACCUGGGAGGCUUGGCUUCGCUGUGAACCGGGACAGAAUCGGUGAAGACAUUUAAAGACACUAAAUAUCUUCUCACUAUGAUCCUACUCUGCUUGUGUUGUUGACGUCUGGGCUCUGAGGAGGAUUUAUCACCCCAUAAGACCUGUUGCUGCUUUUCAGUGGAAAGCUAAAGACGGGUCCCAAGGCAUUUGUGUAAGCGCUCAUCAUGCCGCUGUUUGGUAAAUCACACAAGAGCCCUACAGACAUUGUCAGGACCCUGAAGGAAAACCUGGCCAUCCUGGUCAAACAGGACAAGAAGACAGACAAGGCAUCUGAAGAGGUGUCAAAGUGCUUGAUGUCCAUGAAGGAGAUUCUGUAUGGGAGCAAUGAUAAGGAGCCCCACACCGAGACUGUGGCCCAGCUGGCCCAGGAGCUGUACAACAGCGGUCUGCUGAUAUCUCUGGUAGAAAACCUGCAGGUCAUAGACUUUGAGGGAAAGAAGGAUGUGUGUCAGAUCUUUAACAACAUCCUUAGGAGGCAGAUCGGGACGAGAAGCCCCACUGUGGAAUACUUCUGCUCCCACCAAGAGGUCCUCUUCAUACUGCUGAAAGGCUACGAGACACCCCAGGUAGCGCUGAAUUGCGGGAUCAUGCUGAGGGAGUGCAUCCGCCACGAGCCGCUCGCCAAGAUAGUUCUUCAUUCCGAUCAUUUCCACAGCUUCUUCAACUAUGUGGAAAUGUCGACUUUCGACAUCGCCUCAGACGCCUUUGCUACCUUUAAGGAUCUGCUGACAAGACAUAAAGUGCUGGUGGCUGAAUACCUCGAACAGAACUACGAUGCUGUGUUUGCAGACUAUGAGAAGCUGCUGCACUCUGAGAACUACGUCACCAAGCGACAGUCUCUGAAGCUUCUGGGUGAGCUGUUACUGGACAGACAUAACUUCACGGUGAUGACGCGCUACAUCAGCAAGCCUGAGAAUCUCAAGCUAAUGAUGAAUCUGCUCAGAGACAAGAGUCCUAACAUCCAGUUUGAGGCCUUCCAUGUCUUCAAGGUGUUUGUAGCAAACCCCAACAAGACGCAGCCCAUCAUUGACAUCCUGCUCAAGAACCAGACCAAACUAAUCGACUUCUUGAGCGGCUUUCAGAAGGAUCGCACGGAUGACGAGCAGUUUAACGACGAGAAGACAUACCUAAUCAAACAGAUCAGAGAUCUGAAGAAACCAGCCUCCUAGAAAAGCAUCUCUCCCCACCCUUUACCCCCAACUUUUUAUCAAUAGGAAGACAUAGAAAAAACACACAUUAACAAAUAAUGGGUAUUCUGUUGAAAAGAAAUUUGAAAAAAAUCAACACGUUCUUUCUCUUUUUUGGGGGGGGGGGGUUCAUCAAAAACUUGUACAAGAGUAGAUCUUAAUCCUUCUUUUUUUAAAAAAUGUUUCCAUGAAUUUUUUUUCUGUUCAUUUGUAGCAUGUAGCGCCACAACUUAUAAUGUUGGAGGCAUCGAAUUUGCUUUGUUCAGAGAACCAGUGCUUUAAAAAGAAAGGAAAAAAAAAAAAAGCUUUGGCCAAACAAAAUGGUCCAGUGGCUGAUGGUUAUUUUUGCUAUUUUAAUCAGCCUUUCCAGACGCUUCAUUAGCCAAACAGUUUAAAUGAAGUAGCUACAAAUCAGAAAAAUGAAGAAAUUUUCUGUUUUCAUGGCAUGUGGUCAGCUAGAAACAUAUUCUUGAUUGCAGGUGAAAUCUUUUACAAAAGUAAAGUGGUUGCCCACUGGUGGUCUAAUGUCUUGUUUUCCAUCAUACUGCCAAAGCUAACGAACUACUCAGUCUAAAUAUGAUUCUCUGUACUUUGUGAAAUGCCUUCAUGGCAAGUUUUCCCAUGCCUGUUUUUACUUUAAAGCUAGCAGUUGAAGAUUGAUGUGAAAUACCUGACAGCACUGUUUCUAGCUCAGCAAGGAAAAGGCAGAGCAUCAACCUGUGCCAUUUUAAUAAAUCCGUAAGCUUUAGUGACAGAAUUGUGUCACUGUUGACCCAAAAAAUCACCAAUACAUCUAUUAAUUACCAAUAUACGUAAAUCUAUAAAAUUAAGGGCCUUUUUUUGAUUUUUUGUGACACUGGGCCGCUGUCGGUACAUAAAGCUUCAACCAUAAUGAUCACUGGUUCUCUGCUGGUGGUUAAUAGCACUUUGUGAAUGAUUAUAUGAUCAAGACAUUUUAAGCUGAUCAGUUUUCACACUGUUUUGUUUUUUAAUUUUAUUAUAUAUAGUUUAAUUUCUUUCCAUGUACAGUUUAUGGUUUGUACACCUGAAGUGAGUGCCAUUGUGAGUGAGGACAUUGAUAAGUUGAAGGUAACUUGCUGUGUGGAGGAGUAAAAAUGGCUGUUUUGUGUUUUUGUUUCACUCUUUUUUUUUCUGUAAUGUAACAAGUUUUUUUUGCUAUGAUUUAGAUCUUAUGUUGUAUUAGGAAGGAGAUUCAGAGGUGCCUUUUUAUUUUGGUGUGCUUUCUCUUUUUUUAUUAUUUGAAUUUACAACAUCUUACUAGGGGGAGCUUAAUUAUUGUCAUUGAAAAUAUGCUCUGGAUAGAACAUAUUUGUUCAGAUUAAGCAGUGAACCUCUUAACUCACUAUAUUUGAGUUACGCUGUCAUUCAAUAUGUUUUAAACUUUUUUUUCCCCCCAUUUCCACAGUAGCGCAGAUUCAAUAUAUGAAUUACAAACCGUUGAUUACAAACUCGUAGUGAAGCUAAAAUCAAAGGAAUUGCUUGUGCAAUGGGACUAUGAAAGUCCACAUGUAGUUAAAGGACCAUAAAAUGGGCAAAGUCAAUGCAGAUAAAGCACAGUUGAAACAGGGUUUUUUUUUUCUUCUAUUUUGUUUAAAUAUUAAUUACAAACAAAACGUGACAUUUCCCUUCCCCCUUUUUAAAAAAAAACAACAAAAAAGUAAAGUUUGAAAAUUUUUCUAUUUAUUUUCCAAUAAAUAUGCUUUUUGUUUGUCAGCUUGUAGCUUUAAUCAUUGACUUAAAGCAAAAUUGUGAUUUAGUCUGAAAAUUAAAGCUGAAUUAUUGCUUAACCGUCACAUGAUAAAAACAAUUAAUCCAAUUAGAAAUUAAAGCAGCAGUCGGACGGAAAGGUGGCUGUAACAACUGUAAACCUGUGAACAGCCUUUGUUUUCACUGGCAAAAGAAUGGAAAAUAAAAACUAUUCUCCAUGUUUGUUUUGGGUGAGAAAUAAAACACCAGCUAGUUUGAACAUUAUAAACUGUGACAGUGCUUCAUCAUACCAGAUGCAAAUGUAAACCAACCAGCUGUAGUCUGUUGAGGCAAACUCAAAUAAACAACUUUGGUAAUUAAAAUCUCGUUCAUCUUUUCUGAAAACAGCCUCCUUGUUUCCACAUUGAUGCAAAUGUACCAUAUUCACUACAAAUAAAAGGAUGGGAAUGCAUUUUGUGUGUCUUUUCUACACCUUUAACUAGAGAACUGCUUGUUGGAACAACAGG